ACUCUUCCUUUCGGUCCCAUAUUCUCAAAAGCUCCCCACUCCCGUCCAAACCCACACCACUCAAUAUCCGACACCAUGGUUACGCUUCCGAGCCGCGAUCAACUUGUUGACCUUUUCAACGAAGUCAAUAGCAAAUUAUCUCCGCGCCAACAGACCGGUAUCAUUACUGCUGCUACUGCGGUCACUGCCUACUUUUUAUACAGACAGCUUUUUGAAAAGUCUAAAGAUCAAUGCCCCGCUGUUCCUUAUCGAAUCCCGAUCUUUGGAUCAACAAAAGAGUACGCUGAAAAUCCUCAAGCUUUUGCUGAGAAAUGGACCGCAGAACUAGGCGAAGUGUACCGUGUCCAUUUAUUUGGAGCUAUGUCCACUGUCGUUUCUGGACGUUAUGUGCGCGAAAUCCUGUUGAAUCCCAACUUCAACUUUAUUACAAGUGUUACCAAGAGAUUUGAUAUGAAUGCGCUAGCCCGCAUUCCUGCCCAUAUUAUUACGGGUGAUACAUCCAGAAAAAUCGUUGUCAAUAAGCUGACGCCAAAUCUGAAGCGUUAUACCCCACGCGCUGUUGAAAGUCUCAUUGUCGGUCUGCAGGAUAUCGUUGGUGAUCUCAACGAACCCAAGGAGCUACCACACGUCUAUAAACUUGUUCAGCGUAUGGUAGCACGUGCUAGCGCUUCAGUCUUUGUUGGUGAGGAACUUGCCAAGAAUGAUGAAUUGAUUGAUAUCUUUCAAAACAUCACAAUUGAUAUUGGAUCUUUGCUUCGACCCAAGAUCCCUAUCAUGAUGUUUUUCCCUCGUCUGAUGGGUAUGCAGAUGCGUCUUUUGGGCAAAUUCUCGCCGACAGUGCAAGGCUACCGACAGAAAAUGAUUGAAGGCAUGACGCCCGAAAUUGAAAAGCGUUUAGAGGGUGCCAAGAAUCCCAGCUGGGAGAGACCAGACGAUAUCCUUCAAGAUUUAUUGGAAGACAAUCCUCCUGAACCGGGUACCUCGGUUGCAGAACAUUGCGUCAACUGGAUGUUCUCUCUAAUUUUUGCUUCGGUGCACACUACGAGCGAAAAUGCCACCGUUGUGAUUUAUCGUUUGUUGGAAAAUCCAGAGUUGAUGGAUGAGCUUUUGGAGGAACAGAACGAAGUUUUGCGUCGUCAUGGCGUUGAAGCUGGCAAGGGCAGUGAGGCAUUCUCUUUUGAUAUUAUCAAAGAGUUUGUCAAACUGGACAGCGUGUGUCGUGAGGCAUUGAGAUUGAAAAACCAAUAUUACGAGCUUUCUCAUACCAACAUUUCUGGCAAGAACAUCGUGUUGAGUAAUGGCGUAGUCAUUCCUCCAGGCCAGGAUGUCUAUAUCAACUACUGGUAUAAUCACCGUGAUAGCAACUACAACAAAGCUUCCACGGGCAUCGACCUUGCCGAAUUCCAACCAUGGCGCUUUGUCAAUACUGGCCGCCCUUCCACAAAAGUUAGCGAUGACUUCCUUCUUUUCGGUGAAGGAAAGCACGCUUGCCCUGGCCGUUGGUUUGCCAUCCAAGAGAUCAAAACUAUCAUCUCUCUACUCCUUCGCGAUUACAACAUUCGUUCAACUGAGAAGAUCAAGUUCCCUAAUACGAUCAUGACUGGCAUGCCCUCUGGCAAGUUUAUCAUUGAAAAGAAGUUGAAGUAG